AUGGCAAGUCCCAUCAUCGAUUCAGACGACAUGGAGAGCCGGUCAGGCUUUGUGGUUCCACUCUGGAUUGACGGCCGUGAGGUCUUUACACAGGAGACAUUCGACGUGAUCUCCCCAGUCGACGGAAAAGUAUCUUGGAGAGCCUCAUCUGCCAAUGAGUCUGAUGUCAUGGCUGCGGUGGAGGCGGCAAGCACAGCAUUCCUAUCGUGGUCAAAGACCAAACCUGCGGAAAGGAGAAGUGUCUUUCUGCGCGCGCACGCCCUUCUCAUUGAGAAACGUGAUCUUGCGAAAAAAUACAGUUAUGUUGAGACCGCGUCGUCCGAAACCCAGUUUGCCUUCGAGUACAACGCGGGAAUGGAACUAUGUCUCCAACUGGCGAAUCUUCCUGCGGCUAUGACUGGAACUGUACCAGAGACAAAUGAGGCUGGUUCUCGAGCUAUGAUCAUUCGCGAACCAUAUGGUGUGGUCCUUGGAAUCGCACCUUGGAAUGCUCCACAUGUGCUUGGUCUCAGAGCGUGUUUAGCGCCACUUGCUGUUGGAAACACUGUCAUUUUGAAGGGGCCUGAGCUGGCACCAGCCACAUACUGGAACUUCGUGUCGAUACUGCACGAGGCGGGUCUGCCUAGAGGUUGUUUGAACACGAUCUACCAUGCCCCGCAAAGUGCUGCAUCGAUUACCCAACUUUUGAUAUCUCAUCCUGCCAUCAAGAAAGUCAACUUUACAGGGAGCACGAAAGUCGGUAGCAUUGUUGCACGCCUGGCUGGACAGAACCUGAAGCCCUGUUUACUGGAGCUCGGAGGAAAAGCUCCAGCAAUCGUUUGCGAGGAUGCGGAUCUCAGCCUCACAGCGCAACAGUGCGUCCUGGGUGCUUUUAUCCACUCUGGACAAAUAUGUAUGAGCACCGAACGCAUCAUUGUGCACUCGAAGAUCUUGGCAGACUUCAAGCAAGCGCUGAAGGCGGCAUUUGAAGAGAUCAUUAGUCAGGGCAAACCAACCGUGCUAAUCACGGAGGUUGCAGCUAAAAGAAAUAAAGAAUUACUAGAAGACGCAGUGUCGAAAGGAGCUCGCGCCGUCUGCGGUGAUCUCGCCACUCCUUUCGGGGCUAGCAAUACGCUCCACCCGGUGAUACUCGAGAACGUCACCAAGGAAAUGAAUUUAUUCUACAGUGAAUCGUUUGGGCCUUCAGUCGCCAUCUUUCCAGUUAAGAGCGACGAGGAAGCUCUGGCUUUGGCAAACGACACUGAGUAUGGCCUUUCGUCGGCAAUAUUCACUGAGGACCUUCGUCGGGGGAUGCAACUUGCAAGGGGCAUAGAGACUGGUUCGGUCCAUAUCAAUGGUAUGACAAUCCAUGAUGAGCCAUGGCUGCCCCACGGAGGGGCGAAGCGGAGUGGAUUCGGGAGGAACAACGCAAUCGAAGGCUUACAAGAGUGGACAAGGACCAAAGUGAUAACCUGGAAAGAUUAG